GAAACAGGUUUAUUGUAUAGUCGCAUGUAUCUAUAAGCAAGAUGGCGAAGUGUUCGUCGUAGGCGGACUGUCGUUAGAAGAGGUGUCAUUACACAUGUAGCCUGAGAAUCAUCAUUCUGUGAAUAAAUUAGAAGAAUGGAACUAUUUCGUACUGACACGCAUUUUAUUUUUGUGAAAGAGAGAUAUAGCUUGUGGUGUGAUAAAUUUACGGGCGAAUUCUCUGCGAAAUCGGAUUGGGAAUGGGCCUCCCCAAAGGAUUUAGAAUGUCUUGGGAUAUUUUAUGGAAUAGUUGGAAAAAUAGAACAGCCAUCUGUAUUAGAGCCUCGUUUGAUGUUAAUCAAAGAAAUUUCAUCAGCUGGGGAAUUAUACGGAGGUCAUGUUAUAUAUAAGAUAAAAUCUAUUGCAUUUUUGCAUAUUGGCACGGAAAAUAGUGAUAUUGGACUUUUGCCAUGCAAGAAGCAUCAAAAUUUGCCAAAGAAAAAAAGUCAAAGUAGUUUAUUUGAUGUGCCACAGAAAGCUGCUCUUGCCAAGACAUGGGGAACCAUUAAAAGUGCGACUAAUACUAUAAAAACUACUACACAACAAGCCGCAGCACUUGCAACAUCUCAGGUAAAAUCCACAGUAUCCAAACGAAGUAUUGUUAAAGAUAAAGAAAAAUUUGAGAAAAGGAUUCUCGAGGAAUUGAACAAAAUUUUUACGGAAACUGAUUCCUUCUAUUAUUGUCAAACGGGUGAUAUUACUAACAGUCUGCAAAGGCUUUGCAAUUCAGAGUCAAAGCAAAAUCAAGAAAUAAAUAAACCACUUUGGCAAAGAGUAGAUGACAGGUUUUUUUGGAAUAAGCAUAUGCUGCAGGAUAUAAUCAAUCUAAAAACAGAUAAAGCAAAUUGUUGGAUAUUACCUGUUAUUCAAGGAUAUGUACAGAUAGAGAGGUGUAAUGUAGAAGUAGGUUUCGAUGGUCAAUCACAACACGAAACGUUUAAUUUGGCUGUUAUAUCAAGGAGAAGUAGAUUUCGUGCAGGAACAAGAUAUAAGCGACGUGGUGUUGAUGAUGAAGGAAAAUGUGCAAAUUAUGUGGAAACAGAGCAAUUAGUGUGGUAUCAUGACCAUCAAAUGUCUUUUGUACAAGUGCGAGGUAGUGUACCUGUAUACUGGUCUCAACCUGGAUAUAAAUACAAGCCCCCACCACAUAUUGACAAGGGUGAAGCAGAAACACAAGUUGCAUUUGAGAAACAUUUUACAGAAGAACUUGAAUUGUAUGGUCCAAUUUGUAUUGUCAAUCUUGUAGAGCAAACUGGGAAAGAGAAAAUCAUUUGGGAAGCUUAUAGUAACCAUGUAAUAAAUUAUAAUCAACAAGAUAUAACAUACACGUCGUUUGAUUUUCAUGAAUACUGUAGAGGAAUGCAUUUUGAAAAUGUGUCUAUUUUGAUCAAUGCAUUGGCUACGGUACUGACAGACAUGGGAUACUGUUGGCGUGAUAAGCAAGGCACAAUUUGCAUGCAGAAGGGAGUGUUUCGGGUGAAUUGCAUAGAUUGUCUAGAUCGAACAAAUGUGGUGCAAACUGCUCUGGGUAAAGCUGUAAUGGAAAUGCAGUUUUCUAAACUAGGAUUAAUACCUCCAGAUGGUAUGCUACCAACAAAUAUUAAGCAGACAUUUCAGUUGCUUUGGGCCAAUAACGGCGAUAUUAUUAGUAAACAAUAUGCUGGAACAAAUGCUUUGAAGGGAGAUUAUACAAGAACAGGGGAAAGAAAAUUUACUGGUUUAAUGAAAGAUGGCAUGAAUUCUGCAAACAGAUAUUUUCAACAACACUUUAUGGAUGAAAUGCGUCAAGCGGCGAUAGAUACCUUGCUAGGGAAUCCCAUCAACGUUAACGAACUGAAUCUCGAUUGGUCGCACUAUUUAGACAUCUUUGAUAAUUGCUGCAAUGAGCUAAUUCCCGUGAAACUGACAAGCGUAGAGCUUCAUCUUGCUACUUACCCUGACUUUAUUUAUGCCAGUGCUAUCUAUCAUUUAGUAAGAUAUUAUUUAAACCGCUUCAAGGAUGUCUAUAGACAAGCUACCAUUGAUAUGAUGUUAGGAAAUUCAGUGAGCGAAGAAGUAUUUCAAGAACGAACAGAUGAAGAAGAUAAUGCUGCAACUGCAAUUCAUGUGAAACUGUUGAUAGAGGAUUGCAAGAAACUACUGAUACCUGAUCCAGAAGUUAUUUUAGGCAGCUGGGGUCUUAUCGAUGCGGACCCAGUAACUGGAGACCCAACGGAAACGGAAAUGGAUACUAUUCUUAUACUAACACGAGACUGUUAUUACGUAGCUGAUUACGAUGAUCAGAUUGACAAAGUUACAAACUACCAAAGAGUUCCACUGGAAGAUAUUAUUCUGAUCGAAUGUGGACAGUCUGAGAGUUUACUUUCCCUGUUUAAAAAUAAGCAUUUUUACUGCAUUAGAAUAAAUUACAAAGUGGCCAACGAAUCUGGCUAUUUUCACAUGUUUCGCAGUACAAAUUUACAGUUUUUUAAUAACAUGGCUGUUAUAAAAACCGAAGAAGAAAGCUCAGAAUCUUUAAGGGCAAUCUGUGAAACUUUCACUGUAGCAAUGGAAAUGGCAGGAUUACUAAACACCCCGAUAACGAUAGACGUAACAUUAGAUAGACGAAAGAGUAAGUUAGUUAACGUUAAAGGAUCUACAGGUCUUCUAGAUAUUUCAUCGCUCCCCGAGUUGACUAGAAAUGUCUCAGAAACACAGUUACUAGCUCUAAAAAGUGCAGGAACAAAAGCUUUAAACAACAUGUCAGAGCAAUUCAGCAAAUUAAACAAACUCAGUCAUAGCUUUAGCACUAGAAAACCGAUCGACAUAGCAAGAAGUAUAGGCAAGAAAUCUGAACCAUCCCCAAAACCCACUUUUACAGUAGGUAGUAGAGAUAUAUCUGGCAAAGUACAAGGGAAACACGACAGCAGCAGUGGUAGCAGUAGCGACGAUGAAAAUAUAGAAAUACCAUCUGGUCCUUUAGAAAAACCAGAAAACUUCAGUCAUGAUAAAAAUUUAAUGGAAGCUUAUACACCAUCCAUUGGUAUUAUAAUGGGCGUAAAAAAUGCAGACGUGGUGGAACCCGAUGAAAACAAUGAAAAUCACAAUUUGAUAACACGACCUAAUAAUCUACAUGAUCAAAAAUUAAGUGCAGAGAACCUGUUAGCUCCAGAGGCUACAUCCGGGACAAGUACUUUGAGCGCUUCUCCACAGAAGACACCAGAAAUAACAAUCCAGAAUGUAACAGAGAAUUUGACUGAAGAUAAGGAGAGAAUGGUCCCACCUUCAACAUUAAAUCUUACAAAAAAUAUUAGUCAUUCAUCGGAAGAAGUUGACAGUAGAUUAAUGCUUAACAACACGAAUGCGAACAAUUUACAAACAGAGAAUAGAUUACAGGAUAAAAAAAGGUCAACGUCAGAACAAGAUUUAACUUUGAAUAUCACAUCUUCUCAAAGCGAGUCUGCUUUAAAAUCUAUAAAAACCAAUAUUACUAACGUCACCAGCCCAGUAGCAUCCACGGCCAAAGAUAUUCUGUCACCUUUCUCGAAAUUUGCUAAAGGGGUUCAAACAUUAGGAGCAAACUUAGAUCCUAGAAAGUUGAAAGCAGGACAAGGAGGAUUACUAAGAAAUCUAUCAGACCAUCAUGUAGAACAGCGUCAAAAAUUGGAAGACAGGUGGGGUUCUUGUCAAUCUAAACUCAUUGCUUUGUAAAUUUUUUGAAAAUCUAGUAUUCAAAAUUUGAAUGUCUAGCGAUGUAAUUACAAUUUAGGGAUACGCGAUAGUAGAUGAUUACACAGAAAUUGCGUAAUAGGCGUGGAAACAAUUCAGCAUUGGAAUUGAUAAAUGUAUUUCUCUUUGCCAUUGGUACUUACUAGAAAUAGUAUCAUAAGAAAACUGCAUCAAAUUUAAAUUACCAUGCACAUCUUUAACUUUUCUGAUUAUUUUGGAUUACUGCCAUCUUGCUAAGGAAUUCUCGCGAAAAGAAUGGCUACUAGUAAAACAUUUCCUAUACCUUAUCGUAUUUAUUACCUUCUACAAAGUACAAUGUGGUCAAUAUUUAAUCAACAGCGAAUCUCUUGAUGUGUCUACUUACAAAUUUUCUAGUAUUCUACACUGGUAAGGGCAAUUAAACUUUCGUUUUUAGAUCGAAUGACUAUUUGCAAAAUGCUUUUUCGCAUAUUUAUACAAAAUUUUCACCUGAAUAGCGUUUGUAACAAUUUGAACAAAUUCUGAUGUUUGCUAUAUUUGGAUGUUAAAAAGUUGAAUUGUAAAUUUAACAAAAUGGUAUGCUUACAAAAUGAAAUUUAAUUCCAGCGUUCUUUGACGCUCAAAUCUUUGCUGCAUAAUUAAAUUUUCCUAGUAUGCCAAAUUUCAUUUAUUUAUUAUACAAGAUUUACCUUCACUUUUUUAGUAAGUUUACUGACUGGGAUAUACAUGUGACAUUUACGAACUUAACAGUAUUUAUAGAUUGAAAAUUUAUUUUUGCAGCAAAAUGGGCAAAGAAGCUUUGUAGUCAAUUAUGUAAAUACAAAGAGUUAUUUAAGUAUAGUUUAGUGAAUAACGUUAAUAUUGCUAAUUAAACGAAAGUAUAGUCGCAAGAUGUGCAAAAUAAAUACCCUUUUUAGAAGUCUGUAUAAUGUGCAAACUAGUAUUGGUAAUUAUGCUGAAAUAAAUUGGAGUAUGAGAGGUAGUAUUUAAGAGUGAAGCAGUAGUAAUGAAAUUUUUAGAAGUAUUACUUGAUUAUAAAGACAGAACAAGUUUUCAAUUUAUUUUGAACAUACAAAGGAAAGCUUUUUUUUAACCAAAAACUUCCAAUUGCAUUAUAUGCAGAUAGUUCCAAGUAUCAGUGAUAUAAUUACAACAUUUAUAGACUUGCAUAACUAUAGUAUUACGUAUAUUAUUAUUAUACUCAAUUAAUUGUAGCGAAAAUUUACAUAUACGAUGUAUUAAAUACACGUUGUUAUUUAAUAUUCUGUUUAGAACAAUGUACACAAAAUAACAUAAGUUUUGAAUUUAGAUGGCUGACUCUUGUAUGUAAAUAAUUUAAUUUAUUCAUAAUAUGCUGUAAACGUUUCAUAGUUGCACUAACAUGUGGUAGAAGUGUCACGAAUAAGAAUUUUUCUAGUGAAUGUUUUUUUUCAACUGCAAAUGAUAGUCUGUGAUAUAAUCUAGCAGAAUGUACACAGCCUAAAAGAAAUGAGCAAAUAAAAAGGUGUGUCGAUUCUAUAGGUCAUUUAGGAAUGCUUUAUAAAUGAGAACACGUAAAGCAGGACAAUUUUUAAAUGAUUGCUAUGUUUAGCUGAAUUUAUUACCCAUAUUUUAUGAUCAAUCAUUCAUUCCGUGUACAUCAGCUUAUUUCUAACAUAUUCCUAACUAUUCGCGAAAUACUUAUUUAUUGAUACAGUAUUAUAAAUCAUUGAAGAGAACCAAAACUAUAUAUUUUUUUGUUCCUUUUUUCAUAUUGAGGCAAUGUAUGGUCCAAUUAAAUGUUUUGAGCGUUCAAAACGUUGUAACGUAUAAUAUUAUGUGUAUUUUUACAAUAGGACAAUUACAAACAAUCCUGAUAAACAACGC